GACUCGCGGCUAUAAAAGCCUAACCCUAGGCGUGGCUGCCGUUCAACCUCCCGACCCGUUGCUGCCCUCUUCAUUCGCUCGCUCCCCUCCUCGCCGCGCCGCCAUCUAGGGUUUCGUCUUCUCCUCCGCCGCCGACCGCCAUGGCUCGCCGCAGCUCAGCAAGGUCUCGCCCUGCACCACGUGCUGCUCCCGUGAGGAACCCUCCGCAGCCAGCAAGGCAGGCUCCUCCUCCAGCUCCUGCCCAGAACGGAGGUGGCUCUAUCCUGGGAGGAAUUGGUUCCACUAUUGCUCAAGGCAUGGCUUUUGGUACUGGUAGUGCCAUGGCACAUAGGGCUGUUGAUGCUGUAAUGGGUCCCCGUACCAUUCAGCAUGAGACUGUUGUCUCCGAGGCUGCUGCCUCUGCCACCCCAAUGGCCAACGCCACUCCAUCUGACUCAUGCAGCAUCCAUUCCAAGGCCUUCCAAGACUGCAUCAACAACUAUGGAAGUGACAUCAGCAAGUGCCAAUUCUACCUGGAUAUGCUGAACGAGUGCCGCCGUGGUGGUGCAUCUGCUUAGGCUGGUGGCCUUUUGGAACUUUUAUUAAUUGGGCCUCGCGUUACUCUCAUGAUUAUACAUGAAUAACUUGGCAAAUUCAUGAACUUGGUGCCACUGCUUAUGGCUGUACUCUGAUAAUCGUUGGUACGCUUGGGUUUGUGGUAUGCUACUUCUGGGAGUAGGUACAUUCUACUAUCCUAAAAUGCUAGAACUGCCUACAUUGCUCUGGGUGUCAUAAAUAUUAUGGAAUUAAACCCGUUAUUUCUCGAAACGCUCCGUUGUUUCAUGUUUCGUGGAAUCACAGCAGUCUCCGUUU